UAAUUAAUAAAUAAAAAAAACGCCCUUAUUUUGUCGUUUCGCCCCUUUCCACGUUUUCAUACUUUGCGCACCAAUCUUGCUCUCUGCUUUCUCUCGAUCAGGGUUUCCCCUCGUCUCCGAGCUCGUUUCGUUCUCGAAGAAUCGAUCUGCGAUAAUGACUCGCGGUAACCAGAGGGAUCGUGAUCGCGAAAGGGCUCAGGCUAGAACCGGUGGUAAAGGCAAGCAGAAAGAUGAUGGGUUGACCCCUGAACAGCGCAGGGAAAGAGAUGCGAAGGCGCUGCAGGAGAAGGCGGCAAAGAAAGCGGCACAGGAUGCAGGAGGGAAUAAUGCAGGUGGAACCAAAAAAUAGGCAAUAAUUCAAUGAGUGGUUUGAGUUCGACAUUGUUGUUUGUAGACAUGGAAUUUAUGGAAAAUUUAUGUUGCGUUAUUCGUGGAGUAUGAUGUGUUUAUUAAUGUAAUUUGUGACAGAUGAAUAAAUAAGUUGUGCUUCUUUGAAAGGUGUUGUCGCUGGGGGGCUGAAUCAAUAACUUGUAUCUUUGUUUGGAAUAAAUAGUAUUUGGCAAUGAUAUUGUGUUUGCUCCCCUGUCUUA